GGCAGAGGCUCUGCUCCCCCUUUCUCCCUCUCUCCUUAUCUGCCUCUUCACUCUUCCCCCUAAGACAGCGAACGUACAGUCCAGCCCUGAGCAUUGCCCAACCCCCAGCAGUUCAGGUCGCCGCAAAACACCGCUCGCCCAUCUGCCAGUGCCUCUCGCUCAGCACAAUGGAAUCCUCAGCUGAAGCAGAGUAUGCUGCAUUUGAAGAGAAGGUGAGACGGACUGUUUAUGUUGACAGCCUCUCACCUCUGGUUACAGAAGCUGUUCUUAAAACUGCACUUAAUCAGUUUGGGAACGUCUGCAGUGUUCAGUUCAUUCCAAACUACACAGAUUCAAAGAAUAUCCCACGCGCUGCUUUGGUGGAGAUGGAAAAUAUGAAGCAGGCCAAACAAAUAGUCGAAGAGAUGGCCAAUUUUCCAUUCAUGAUGUCUGGGAUGCCAAGGCCUGUGAGAGCACGUGCUGCUGAAGUGGAGAUGUUUGACGAGCGCCCAAGAAAGCCUGGUAGAAGAAUACAAUGCUGUUGGCUAGACCGAACUGACCCUGCUUUUGAGGUUGCAAAGAAGAUUAAGCAUCUUGUCAGAAAACAUGCUUCGGAAGCUUCAUUCCUGCUCAAGAGUCAACUGGCAGAGGAAGAGAAGCUUGCAAAUCAGCAGUCAGAGACCUUGAAAGCCAAUUACAAAAAGCAUGAGCUGAUAGAAGGUGUCUUGACUGAUGGAACUGCUAACCGGUUGGCACGCCGCUACAACAUCAAUUUUAUGGAUGCUUAACGGGUUUUCCUGACAAAUUUCUACUCCACCGCUAUUGUUAGGAUCUGUAAAUUUUGCUUACAGGAUGUAAGAUGGGUUGUCUUGAUUCUAUAUGAUUUCUGCCGUGGUUCUGAGGAUCCAUGUAAGGCAACAUAGAGCUUGUUUAGGUUUUGCUGGAGUGUACAACUCGGUUAGUGACAUUUGCACUGUAGAUUUGUUUGGCACUAAGAACUUGCUAAAUCGUUGAAAGCCAAUUACAUUUUGGAGGUGGGAAAACAUAUUUUCAAGCAAAAUUGCUGGAAUAUGAGCAAGUAGUACACGGCUGUAAUUGGGAGGGAACUCAUUACUGUACACUGUAGUCUAUAACAAGCUGUAUUGGCAAGAUCCAACAGUGAACAGCUGCCCAAAA